AGACGUCGGGCCAUGGCUGCUGAGCCCCACGUCUGUGACGGCAUUGAUCUGAAAUGGAUGUAUGCCUCUGACUCUGAGGAUGAGGACGAUUGGUACAGUAAUUCUCCAGUGGUUUUGACACAGGAGUUGUCCUUAAAAGGGAAAAUAAGAAGAAUUUUAUUCAGAAAUGCUGGAACAAGACUUGGAUCGACCCUAUUUGACAUAAUUGUGAAGCUAAUACUGUGUGUACUAUACAUUAUUAGGAUUCAGUUCGACAACGUGGAAUUUUAUGCAUGUGGGGGAUUGCCAUGUGGGGGGAACAACACAUACCAGGUCUACCCUGAUAAUGAUGAGGAUGGCAUGAAGUUUUCUUCUGCAGAAAUCAACUGGCCAGUCCUUCUCUGGGUACAUCGCCCGGAGCCCAUCUGGAUUAUAGAAGUCAUCCUGGCCAUUUUCACCUUUUCUAAAGCCUUGCUUUUUAUUUUUAUUUCUAAGCUUAGGUUGAACAGAUCACAGCUGGGUAAAGUGGAAUUAAUGACAAAACCAGCCUUUAUUCUGGAAGUCAUCUGUUCUCUACCAUUAAUUGUCACACUAAUAUACCCGAUGCUGCUUAGGGAUCUGUUUGUACCAACAUUCCUUAAUUGUUGGCUUGCCAAAAGAGCCAUGGAGAGAUUAUUUAAUGAUCUUCACCUGACCAAACAACGUUUCCAGACAAUAUCUGUCACCAUGUCUCAACAGCUGCUGAUACUCGGAGCAACAUUAGUGUCUCUGAUCUUUACUACUGUGUGUGGGAUCCAGCACAUCCAGCGAGCCAGUCAGGAAAAGUCCCUCACUUUGUUUGAGUCCUUCUACUUCACCAUUGUGACUUUCUCUACGGUGGGCUAUGGGGACAUAUCCCCCGAUAUCUGGCUAGGACAGCUCUUUAUGGUCCUCAUGAUCUGCAUCGCCUUUGCGUUUAUUCCAAGACAGAUAGAGGGUAUUGGCUCUAUCUGGGUGGAGAGGAAGAAAUCGGGAGGGGAAUACAACACCAGACAAGCUCGUAAGAAUCACCAUGUGGUAGUGUGUGCCCAGAAUCUGGCGGGCGAUGCCAUUAUGGACUUCCUCACGGAAUUUUACUCCUGCCCUAAACACGAGGAAUACACAGUGAUCUUGCUGAGCUCUGAUGAGUUGAAUUCCAGUAUGCAUAUGAUUCUGAAGGAUCCUAAAUGGGCCAACAGGGUCAUUUACAUGAGAGGGUCAGCGCUGAAGGCCGCAGACCUGAAACGAUGCAGAAUGAAUGAUGCUGAUGCAUGUUUUAUAUUAGCCCCAGAAAACUGCACCAACAAGGACAGAGAGGAUCAUAACACCAUCAUGAGGUCUUGGGCUGUUAAAGAUUUCUGUCCGGAAACAAAUCAAUUCAUACAACUAUUCAGAACGGAGAACAAAAUCCAUGUCAAGUUUGCAGAGCAUGUUGUAUGUGAGGAUGAGUUUGCCUAUGCCCUACUUGCCAAUAACUGUUUGUACCCUGGGUUGUCUACCCUUGUUUCCCUUCUAGUGCACACCUCCACUGGAUAUGAGGGAGAGAUGGCUAGCGAGCCCUGGAUGCAGCUGUAUGGCCGACACUCAGGAAAUGAGGUCUAUCACAUACAGCUCAGUAAAAGCAUCUUCUUCAGUAAAUAUGAGGGUCAGACAUUCUGUCAUACUUCAGCAGAAGUCCAUUCUAAAUUUGGUGUGUCUCUGAUUGCUGUCAUGGAAACAGACCUGGACAAAGAUAAAGAUAAGGAAAUGGACCAUAAACUGAUCCUAAACCCAGGCCCCAGUUAUAUCCUUAAAGGUUCUGAUUUCUGUUUCUACCUCAGUAAAGUCAAAGAAGAACACAUGAGAAUAGCCUCCAAUAAACCUGUCAAAGAGGAGAAAAAUCAGAAAAAACAGCAGCAAAGAGAGAAGAACUAUGAGAAGAUAGCGAGUGAGCUGCAGCGUUUUCUGGAGAACAACCACCUUGAGCUGGACAGCAGCCCUGCCGGGGAGGAGAGCGUGUUUAAUACUAUCACCAGUCAGAUGGGGAUCGAUUUCUCUUCCUCCAUUACGGACCCCAUCCAGCCGAUUCCAGAAACCCCAGAUAUCCUACAGCGGGGGAUCGGGGAGAGUGUGGGAAACACAACUGAGAAUCACAAUGUAUUGCUGAUGUACAAUGAAAUGGCCAGUGAAGAGACCACACCCCAGUUUUUAUCUGUAGACCAAGCAAAACCCACUGUGAAGUCCAGGUUUGUGACCGGUUGUCCCCCCAUUUUCCUGACCGGGUGCAGAAAGACUCUGUGUCACUUAGUGAAGAAUCCUCGCCAUCCCUGCUGUCUCAGAUGGGCAGAGGACUGUAGCCAUGUGAAUUACAAGAAUUCUAGAGACAGCAGAUGGCAGAAUCACCUUAUUAUCCUCUCAGCUGACAAAAUUUGUGUGGGCGUGUACAACUUUAUUGUGCCCCUCCGCUCCAAAUUCCUCAGCAUCAAGUCUCUGAGUCCCAUUGUUUUAAUGCUGGAGGAAGAACCUUCUAGUAUGUAUGUAGACUGGCUGGCAAACUUCCCCAUGGUCUACUGGAUGAAGGGAAACAUUAAGAGUGUGGAUGAUUUACUGAGGGCAGGGAUCAACAAGGCCAGUCAUUUAGUUAUUGUAAACAGAUCCUCCAAUCAGGCUAAAGAAGUCGUUCUCACAGACGCAGAUACCAUCGUUACUGUACAGUCUAUAUUUAAAUUAUUCCCCAGUAUCAACAUUCUGACUGAGAUAUCACAGACCUCCAACAUUAAAUUCAUGCAGUUUCAGCCUCAUGAUGAAUACUCUAGGAAAAUUGCAAGACUAGAGAAGAAACUACGUGAAGAGAUGCGGUCUAGUUUGGUUCAUAUUUUCCGUCUUCCAUUUGUUGCAGGACAGGUGUUCAGUUGUAGUAUGUUGGACACUCUCCUGUAUCAGACUUGUUCUAAAGGCUACCUCAUCAAGUUUGUACGACUUCUGCUGGGCAUUGAUGCUGAGGAGAACUCAGGGCAUUUGUCUAGUAUUAAGGUGAAGAGAGACAUACUUGUGAAGUAUAAGACGUAUGGGGAUCUCUACAUUGGCCUUUGUAAGGUCACCGGGGAGGUUCCGAUUGCUAUUUAUAGAUCAGAAAAAAGGAGUGUAUUUGUCACACGUGAUGAGGAAGAACAUCACACCACUAAAAAGGAACAAAAGGCCUCUCCAACCAAAGUCAAAAAGUCUUCCUUCAACAUCAAGCAGUUCUUUGAGAGGGCUGUCCCCAACGAUCUAUCAGAUUUUGUCCGUAGUAGGAUGACAUCGAUGUCUAUAGACCCAUCAGGCUACAGCUGUGAUGAUGAACUCAGCAAUAAACCAUUAUCCUUUAUCAUCAUUAACCCACACCCACAGUGUAAACUAAAGAAAGGGGACAUUGUAUAUGUCUUACAACCAAGUUCAAUGUUUGCCAUUCCAAGCCGAAUGCAGCACAAACACAAUUGGAGGCGACGCAAAUCUUGGAGCGAGGGAAUCAACAAUAGAACAGAGCCAGAGCCCCCAGCUAGGUCUCGGACUCAUUCCAUAGAUAUACCUUCAAGAAAUGUUACGUUUAAAUCUCCGGACUCCAAUAGUGAUGAGUUAUCUCCCUUACUAGAUAAAAGUGUAGAGGUUAAGCUGGAUGCUGAGCCAUUGGACUCCGUAGACUUUGCUUUACCUAAGGCCUCCACAGCCAAAGUCCAUAGAGGCACUGCUCCGAUAUUCAACUUCACAUUCCCCGAGUCCCCAGAUACAGCACUUGACACCAGUAGCAAGAAAUCUAACAGUACAACGAAUUUGUCUAAUAACAAUGACACUGAACUGAAGGAUCUCUCAGCAGAGAAACCAUUGAAUACACCUGUGGAAGCUGUGAGGGAACCCCCCAAAAUAGUCAUCACUAGGACUCCCACCAAAAUAUUCCAGACAGAGAGGGUCGAUGAAUGAGGGUGGUGUAUUAUUGACAGUUAAUUUAUGUAGAUUCAUACGGAAUUAAUUUGUUUUAUUCAUUCUUACCUCUGAUUUCAUGGGCAUUUUCUUUUGUUAAUUUGAUGAGAUAUGAAGUCAACAGAUCAUUUUUGAGUUUUGCACAUUUUUAAUGAAACAUUCCACACUACUGGGGGCAUUUUGAACUGAUUGGUAUGAAGUUUGCAUAUUUUGUGUGAAUUGAUAUGUAUGAAAAUAGAUUUUACCAGAUAAAAAAUGUUACAAUAAUUUGACAUACUUUUAGCACAGUUUUAUGUGCAGUUUUAGAAUGGUCUUAAAGAACAAAUGAACCAGUCAGAUUUAGGGAUGUACAGUGUAUUUUGUACUUUUUUGCAGUACAGGAUCGUAAUGUACCUAAUUUUAUUACUUUUUUCUACACUUAUACUGCUAUCUUUUCUAUACAUGUAAAAUAACUUUUCUAUACAUGUAAAGUGGUGUUUUGGAUAAUGUCACAAGUUUAUAUUUACCACCAGACUGUAGCCAUGGUAUAAAAUAUCAACUGAUAUGAUAUGCAGCAGUUUACAAACUGUUCAGUAACCACUCAAAAUAUGUCAUUCUAGCUAUGUGUACAUGAAAAAAAUAUAGUGUAUAUGCAUGUAUCCUUAUAUACAGUGUAUUAUAGUUCAAGUAAUUGUAUCUUUUGAACCAGGUUGUAGGAAAAAAAUGUUUUUAUCAGAAUGUUUACAUCAGCUGUUGGAUGAACUUUUAGACAGAUGAUAUUCAUAUACAUGUACACUGUUUCUGGUAUAAUGUCAUUAAUGUGCCUGCAGAUAAUCAUUUACUUGGCAAAGAAUGAGGAUGACACUUCGAGGGUAAAUGCCUGUUAUAUCAUGUUAUUUGGAGCCCCUAUUUUCAGUAGGUAUUUUUGGAAUAGAAUUUAUCAUAACAACAUGAAUGAAACAAGUCUUGAAUUGUGACAGUUUCAUAUAAAUUUACAGUUCAGUUUAUGGUUAUUGCAUUUGAUAUUAUCGCAUUAAAUCAAAUUUUUUCCCAAUCAAAUGAAAAAUUUGACUCAAAAGAUAGACAUUAUUGUUGGCAUCUGCCUUUUUUUCAUGCCAAGAUACAGUUACCUUAUCAUAUUAAUUAUAUUAAAACACACACACAUCCCCUCACACACGACAUUUUCCAGAUGAGACACGGGAUUUUAAGUUAACCAGAUCAAUGUUGUGGAUUAGUUUUAGAGGACAUCAUUGUUAGUUCAGCACAGUUGGUUAUGGCAUCAAUACAGAAGUAGCAAAAUUUAUCAUUAAACGUGUAGUUAUUUCAGUUUAUUUGUAGUUUCUAGAUGUCUAUAGAAUGUGGGCAAAGCAUACGGAUUUGUAGUUAAGAUUUGUUUCUGUGCACGUGAAGUAUUUUUCAAUGAAUCUCAGUUUUUUUUUCAAAUAUUUUCAUAUUUAUUCAUGUUGUUAACUGUGUAAUUUGAAAAAAAAUUAUUAAGAGAAGUUAAUAAUUUCAAGCAUGUUAAAGUGUCUAUGCUUUUACAAUUUGAAAUUUAUCAGAAAACUGUCAUAAUUGUGUUUUAUAUAUUUUUACAUA